UUGAGACUUCAGACGGAGAUUUCGAUUUUCAAACCAUCAACUACCAGCCACUCCAGACGACAUUUCCAAAGCGCCGUUUUGAAAAAAAAGCGUUAUAUUCCAACACCAAUCCACUCCGUCGGAUUUAAAUCCAACGGACCAUAUUACUCCUCCACUUUUACAUAAAUACCCUUCCCUCCUCAAACACCUCCAUUUUCGACACAUGCUUCUUCCGCUGCUGCUGCUUCUCUGAGCACCCGCCGCAGCAGAUCCCAGCCCCUUCCCGAAAAUGGCGUCGCUCGCCCUCACCACCACUCUCUCCCCGACCCUCCCCUCUCUCAGAUCCCACGCUUCCUUCCCAAAAGCGCUACUUCUAAAACCGUUUCCAGUCUCCCAAACCCGCCGAAACUCCCUUAAAACCGCCGCUCUCGGUCUCGGUUUCAACAAAACCCUCAUUUCCUCCCCCAAACUCGCAAAUUUAACCCGCGAGUUUUCUUCCCCCCGCCGUGGCCUCUCUGUCAAGGCCGCUGCGACAACCGGCGGCUCUUCGAUCACUCCGGCGGCCAAGGAACCAUGGCAAGGCGCGGCCAUGAAGCCUUUGCUCGCGUCCAUUGCGACGGGCGUAAUCCUCUGGUUCGUGCCCACUCCAGCAGGCGUCACCAAGAAUGCGUGGCAGCUUCUAGCGAUUUUCCUCGCCACCAUCGUCGGCAUCAUCACCCAACCCUUGCCUCUCGGAGCCGUCGCCUUGCUCGGCCUCGGCGCCUCCGUCCUUACUAAGACGCUGACUUUCGCGGCGGCUUUCUCCGCCUUCGGAGAUCCAAUCCCCUGGCUCAUCGCCCUCGCCUUCUUCUUCGCCCGGGGCUUCAUCAAGACCGGCCUCGGAAAUCGAAUCGCGUACCAGUUCGUCUCCCUCUUCGGUAGUUCCUCUCUGGGGUUAGGGUACAGUCUGGUCUUCAGUGAAGCCCUGUUGGCUCCGGCGAUCCCUUCCGUCUCUGCCCGAGCCGGAGGAAUUUUCUUGCCGUUGGUGAAGUCGCUCUGCGUUGCGUGCGGUAGUAAUGUCGGGGAUGGGACAGAGGGAAAGUUAGGGUCGUGGUUGAUGCUGACGUGUUUCCAGACUUCGGUGAUUUCGUCGGCCAUGUUCUUGACGGCCAUGGCUGCUAACCCGUUGAGCGCCAACUUGACUUUCAACACGAUUAAGCAGACGAUUGGGUGGACGGAUUGGGCUAAAGCUGCAAUUGUGCCUGGUUUGGUGUCGUUGAUUGUGGUGCCGCUGUUGUUGUAUGUGAUUUACCCCCCGGAGGUGAAGAGCAGCCCCGACGCGCCCAAGCUUGCCAGGGAGAGGCUGGAGAAGAUGGGCCCCAUGUCUAACAAAGAGAUUAUAAUGGCUGGCACUCUGCUUCUUACGGUUGGACUUUGGAUUUUUGGAGGAGUUUUGAAUGUGGAUGCUGUUACUGCUGCCAUUCUUGGAUUAUCUGUUCUCCUUGUUACUGGUGUUAUUACAUGGAAGGAGUGCUUAGCUGAAUCAGUUGCUUGGGACACACUUACUUGGUUUGCUGCACUCAUUUCAAUGGCUGGGUAUCUCAACAAAUACGGUCUUAUCUCCUGGUUUAGUCAAACUGUAGUUAAGUUUGUUGGCGGAUUGGGUCUUUCAUGGCAGCUGUCUUUUGGCAUUCUGGUUCUUCUCUAUUUUUACUCCCACUACUUCUUUGCCAGCGGAGCUGCUCAUAUUGGCGCGAUGUUUACAGCAUUUUUGUCUGUUGCUAGUGCUCUUGGAACUCCACCAUACUUUGGAGCGAUGGUGCUUGCAUUCCUCUCCAACCUCAUGGGUGGCCUUACCCACUAUGGUAUUGGGUCGGCACCUGUUUUCUACGGUGCUAACUAUGUUCCUCUUGGCAAGUGGUGGGGCUAUGGAUUCGUUAUCUCCGUCGUCAAUAUUAUUAUUUGGUUAGGAAUUGGAGGGGUUUGGUGGAAGUUCAUCGGCUUGUGGUAAAGGGAGUUGGCCGUGAAAAUCUGCCAACUUAAAAUCCGGCACUGUUUCUGAUUACACUCGGAUGCUGUUUCACUUCUUUGCUGAGGCACACUAUUGAUCUUUCCCUUUAAUUCUUUCGCGUGGAAAUAAUCUUUGGUCAUUUCAGGGAGACCUUUUGGGUGAAAUUUGGUAUACAUAGGAGGUCUAUUUUAGAGCAGAAAUUAGAUAAUGUACCCCCAAAUUUUGAUGUAGCAUCACAGGAGCUGUCUUCAAUUCAUGAUCAUCAUUUGUUGUAUGCUUGUUGAAUCUACCCUUAUCUUGUGCCGCAUUUAUUUUCUCGGUGGUGUACCAAGAACAACACAAGGGCUCAUCACUUCACCAUAUUACUUUUUACAUUGUUAGAUUAGACUAGUAGGUUUUGAGUGCUUGGGCUGGAUAUAAUUUGGUUGAAUAUUCCAUUACACAUUAUCUUUUUUGCAUUUGUAGUGACUCUGCAGUGGGCUCUUGAAUAUUACAUUACUCAUUAUCUGCAACCCCAAAAAAAAAAAAAGGGUUCAAGAAGAAAUAAUGAAACGAGAUCAAAUUUUGAUAGGCUA